UGGGGGUGUGGCCAAGAGGCUCACCUGGCGGGCAGGUAGAGGCGGUACUGGCCGGAUCCGGAAACUGGCGAAAGCGAGAGACCCGGAAAAUACCGGAACCGAACUUCAGAGACCCCCUGACCGAUUGUGAAAAAGGCAAUGCCUAGUUUGUGAAACAAUGCCACGACCCCAUCCUGUGACCGCUCCCCGUGGCCGGGGCUCUCCUCCUGGUCAUCUCUCUCCAUCCCGUCACAGUUCACCAUCAACCAAAUGUGAUACCUCAGGUUCUCGGCAGAAAACACCACCUGAAGAUAUCACCUUUAUUUCUGGCUCAGCUGAAAAUUCCCCUGAAGAGUCCCAAUGCUGUCCCCAACUUUCCCGUGCCUGGGAUACCUACAAAGCUGUGUUGUGCUAUGUGGUGUCCUGCAGCCGUUGUCCCCAAAAGGAAGCUGAGGUAUAUCUUCCAUGUUCUGUGGAAAUUCCAGAUGGUGGCCCACUAAAUGGUCAUCCUGCAGGCAGCCCUCCUCCUCGUCGUGUGGGAGAAAGGGGAAAGAAAGCUGGCCUGGGUAACAGUUUUAGUUACCCAGAUCUUAAACUUAUGGGUGUUCCAGUGUACAAGCAGCCCUGCACUACUGCAACUACAGACACUGAGAUUUGCAAAGAUCCACCUGCUCCACCUCCUGCUCCCCGCAGCUCUGCAGGAGAUUAUUAUUCACUGCGGGAGUCUGAUCCAGAACUUUCUCGAUUGAGUGGCUCCAUGUCCAGUGCCGAGAUAGAUGUUCUAAUUUGGCAAAAGCUGACUGAGCUUUUCAGCUUCCAUCAGAUUGAUGAGCUAGCCAGGUGUACCUCAGAAACAGUCUUUCUGGAAAAGAGCAGCCAAAUCACAGAGCUAAUAAGCAGUCUAACUCAGGACUACCAGUUGGAGGAGCAGGAUGCAGAGUGUCGGCUUGUCAGAGGUAUCAUCCGUAUCAGCACCCGUAAAGAGAGGACACGACCUCCGAAUUCUGCAAGGGAGAAAGGUGGAGGGCAGCGGCACAACAGUCGUAAUGGUGGAAAGGCUCCAGACAGCGGAAAUGAAUCCAUGCAGGAGUCCGGUCUCACGAGCCAGGAUGAUUUGGAUGUUAAAAUUUCAGAAGAAACAAACUCUGAUAUUAUAGCACGGAACAUGAGGAGAUACAGUGCCCCAGGCACCACCUUCCUGAAAGAUGAUUCCUUGCAGGAUACAGAAACCGAUUCCUCAGGGACACCUCUGCUUAAAGUUUAUUGUUGAGGAUUUGUGGACCGAACUCCAAACGUGUCAUGCAUAACUGAAUGUUGGCUAUCAAGGAGCUGCUUUAUCAUGGGCCAGGGAGGACCACCAAAACUCGGUGCCUUAUAUCACACAUACUGUAUGAUCCUUUGAUCAGGUGGAAGCUGCAGCAUCACUUUUGCUCUCACCCUGCUACCUAUGGUUUUUCUGGGGAGGCUAGUAAAAUUAUGGGGUAUUCAAAUAUCAGUCACUUGGAUUUGGUUUUUCUUUCUACUUUAGAGACACUUAUGAUUUUUUUUGAGAGUGGAAAUGGCCUUCCUUCCUCAUCUUCAUUUUGGAGAUGCUACUGGAAUAGGAUAUUUGAAAAUGUAUUUGCUGCUCCCUGGACACACUUUCUAUGCUCUAUUCAGGUGAAUAAAGGAAAUAGGAACACGAUCCCCAGUUUUGGACACAAUGUGGAUAUCGGGAAUAACUUGCAUCAGAAAUAAUUGAAGCAAGUGUGUAUGUAGGUCAAGAUGGAGAAUCCUGUGUACCUCCGGCUUGUUUGUCACACCUCCUAUAAUACAUAAUUAUUAUAAUAAGCCUGGCAAGGAACCUUAAAAAUGCUGCAAGAUGAGUUUGUUUAACCUUUAAUUUAAGCCAACAAAUGUACAGAAGAUUAAAAGGCGUGAUCACCAUGUAUACUGGAAGAAAUUAUGGCCCCUGUUCUUUGGUUUUCUGGGGGGGAAAGGCAGGUUCAGCUAAAUUUUGCUUUAGAGAAGUCCAUUUCUGGAUGCUGUUCCAUGAACCUGCAAUAAAAGGUCAAUGUAAGCACUAAUUCACAAAUGUUUUGAAGUGUCUUAAAUGACAGUUUUGUUUAAAUCCACAUGCUCACAAGGUUGGGGUUUCUUUACUCACUUUUUUAAUAUGUCCUGCUUUUUUUGUUCAUCUGAAGUUGGGAGCCCCAUGGAUUUUUGCCUUUGGUCAUACAUCAUUUUUUCCACCAUACUGCGAGUUUCUCCAUCCAGGUCUGACAGCUGGAGAAGUAUAAUGUAUAAAACUCAUCAGGAAGGACAAGGAGGGGAAAAGUCUUUUCAUAUUAAAUUUCCCCCAUUGUAUUUUGCACACAGUUGUAUUUUAAUAUUGUGACAGUACUAAAAAGAGACAAAAUAAAGUCUAUGUUGGUGGUGGCUUGCUGGUUCUACCAACCCUAUGUCAAUCA